AUGUCCUCCCUCAAAAAACCACAUCUAUUAACCACCAGACCUGCCAGGAGAAUGCUCUCUGCCUCUGCCUCUUGUGCUGCUGUUGGCGAGCACUACGCCCAGUGCAUCCUCGACACCUACACCACUAUCUCCCAGGGCGUGUGCGAGAAGGAGUUCUCUGCUUUCAAAAAGUGUGUUAGUGACCAGCUCAAGAAGAGUGUGUGA